UUAAUAAAAGAAGAUAGCACCAUGCUUGAUUUUCUGGCUUUCCCCCUUUCCUGUUUGCAGAGAAUAGAAAACCAAAACAUCCAUGAUUGAACCCUAAGUUUAAAAUUACCGGAUAGCCAAUUCCAACACUGUGAAAAAUUGUUCCAAUCAGGCUGUCUGAGGUCGGUGAACUUUAUUUCUACCAUGGCCAACAAAUCUCGAGAAGAGCCCAAGACUGCUCCUGAGCCUGAUCGGUGGUACAAUCUCACCCUUGGACCUUCCUUCAAAGAUGAAUCCUCCAACAAAUACUGCACGCUGCGAUAUGAAUUUAAGCCAGCUUCAGUUGAUAAGAAUAAGCCAGGAUUGUUACGCAAGACCAAAGAGAACAGGAUUUCUGUGGAAUUUCAGAACAACCAAAUAGGAAAACCCAAGGUGACAUUUGAGGGGAACAGUGAGGAUUACAAGGAAAACGAUGCUGUAUUGUUUUUUGAUGGUGAGACACUUCGAUUGGAGCGGCUUCAUAGGGCCGUAAAACAACUGCGACACCUACGAAUGCCUGGUGAAUCUGCAGGUGCUGCAGCUACAGCUGUGGCUGCUCCAUCUGGACCAGCUUUGGAUCCUCGAUCAUCCCCUGUUGGGAAGUCUGUAAAGCCAGCAUCUCUUGGCAGGAGCUCAUUUCAGGCUGUGCCAGUUGAGGUGGAGCGUAUUGAUAUUGGUGAACCUGAGAAUACCGGCGUCAAAGUUGGUUCGAAGAGGUCAUCUGAUUAUCUAAACGAACCGCCCAUUAAUGCCUCUCCAGAUGCGAAAAAUGAAGUCGAGGAACAUCACGAUAUUGACAUUAAAGACCUUUUUGGCAGCGAGUCACCGGAGGAUGACAAUAAUGUUGAAGAAAAAGAUAAUGUUGGAUUUGACAUGAAUGUUCCACACACGGAUGAUGAUAUUGUGGAUAUGGAUGAUAGCGGUGACGAGGUGGACAAAGGACACAAUCCUGCAGAAGCUCCCGAAACCCAGGCGAAUGCAGAGGGAAGGGAUGAGCAGACAUCUACUUCUAGCAGUAGCAGUGGAAGUGGCAGUAGUGAAAGUGGUAGUGGAAGUGGUAGUGGAAGUAGCAGCAGCAGUGACAAAGAAGACAGUGACGAAGACUCGGUUCAUUCAAUCUAAAGUUAUACGACACCAGUUUCAUUCUUUUUCUUUUCUCAUUAUUGGUCUUUACUUUUUUCAAAGUAAUCCAAUACAUAAUGAAUUGAAUGUGUUUCUCAGGCCUGGCUUGUGAAGGAUUAUCAAUAAUGUGCUAUAUUUUAUGUGUUUA